UCUUCCAAUCCCGCAUCUUUAAAAAUGGCAUCUCUUCCAAGCGUCUCAGCAACUUCUAAUUUAAUUACAAAUCAACCCCAACAUUGUCCUAUACAGCAAAAUUAUCAACAACCUCUUAGUGUUGUUAAUCCAUUUGCUGAGUUUGGUGGUAUUAUUAUGGAACCAUUGAAUUCGUCCGUUUCUAAUAGUACUUGUGGUAGUCCGCGUCGAAUACUACAAUCAGCGUCACCACCACAAGCAACUAAUUUUAUACAAACACAUCAACAACAUCCACUUCAUUACAAACAAAACAUCUCAUAUCCCUCUUCAUUUCCACAAUUUCUGGAUCUUACGUCAACCGUAGAAAGCAAACCAAUUGUACCAAAAUAUAUUUAUGGAUUGGAUAAACUUAACAAUUCAAAAAAUAGACCGUCAAUCUCUGAUAAACCAUGUAUCUACUUUUUUUAUUUAGAAAAAAUACUUGACAAAAUAUCUUUUUAUUUAAUUUUAGUUCCAAUUUAUUGGUGUGCUAUUAGUUAUUAUGAAUAUGAUCGAAAAGUUGGUGAUACUUUCCAGGCAAAUUCUGAGUUUUCCAAAGUUUUUAUUGAUGGCGGUCUGAAUAGUUCUGAUGGUUCUAGAUUUUGUCUGGGGUCAUUGACAAAUACUGUUCGAACUGAUGCUGCUGAAAAGUGCAGGAUGAAUCUGGGCCGUGGUAUUUGUCUUAUGUUGAAAGGGGAGGGCGAUGUUUGGUUAACUGUUUUAAGUAAAUAUCCUGUAUUUGUUCAAAGUCACUAUUUGGACAUGUUAACUGGCCGUGAAGAACCUUGUCAUGCUCAUAAAUUUGUUCAAUAUACGACUAUUUUUGAUCUUCAAAAAUGUUAUGAAUGCUGGGAACAUAGCAGUUUGGAAAGAAAUGUUAAUAGACGCUUGAGGCAGGAUCAAAUGAUGAGAAGACAGCAACGAUUAGAAUUGGGUGUUCCACUUGUUGGUGAAGGAAGUAAUCAUCAACUUGGAGCAAUUAGAACUAGUGAAAGGAGUGAUGAAGAAACCACAACAGAUGAUCCCGGCGUUGAUGAUUUUCGUCUUUUGUGUACCUUAAAUAUUUCUUUUUUUAAAGGAUUUGGACUAAGUUACCCUCGGCGAACUAUUCAUGAAACGCCCUGUUGGAUAGAAUUGCAAUUACAUCGAGCUCUUCAAAUUUUGGACGAAGUGUUGAAUAUGCACGAUUCGUUUAAUUAA